AUGGCGAAUGAAAUCGUGCUCUAUGAUCUACCAUCACGCCCACCUAGUCAUGCUUGGUCGCUAAAUCCAUGGAAAGCUCGCCUUGCACUCAACUACAAAGGUCUACCAUACCGCACUGAGUGGGUCGAAUAUCCCGACCUCAAGCCGAAAUUCACCUCCCUCGGCAUCCCGCCCAACGACAAGACGAUCAACCCCCAGGCUACCUUCAGCAGUCCUGCUGUCAAACUACCAGAUGAUACCUAUGUGAUGGAUUCGCACAAGAUCGCUCAAGCCCUCGAGGAGCUUCAGCCAGAGCCGAGUCUGCACUUUGAAAAUGGUUACACAGAUCGUGUACAAUCCACCGUCCUGGAGAUCAACAAAGCUCUUGCACCCAUCGCAUUACCUAGGAUCCCGGAGAAUCUAUUGAACGAACCCAGUGCAGCGUACUUCCGCGAGACAAGGGCGAAGCGCUUCGGCAUGACACUCGAGGAGCUCGCGAAAAGUGACAAAGCAGGCGAGACUGCCUGGAAGAAUGCCGCGCCGGGAAUCGAGCAACUCCGAGCGAUCUUGAGAGAGAAUCCCGAUGGCCCAUAUGUCAUGGGCAAGAUCGUGAGCUUCGCCGAUUUUAUCAUAGCUGGUUUCUUCCGAUUUGGCGAGAUUCUUGAUCGUGAUGGAGACAUCUUUGGCAGGUCUAUGAAAAUUGACGAAAACUUUGGCAAGCAUUAUGAGGCGUGUAAGAAGUGGCUUGAGAGGGACUAUUAG